AGGCCAGGACUGACUCCCCAGACCUCCAGCGCUGUUUCUUCCAGCUCAGUAAUCUGGGAAUGGAUCCUGUCAUCUUGCUGGGGGGAUUCUCAGCCUUCUACAUCCUCUACCCAUUCCUGUGCACACCACGUAUGGUCCUGCUUGAACCUGAGCGGCACACCCUCACCAUCUAUCCCUCAGAGAUCCUGGAAGGAGCUCUCUACCAGGGCUCAGCCCCCCAGGCCUCCGACUACCGCAUCAUCAAAAAUCUACACAUCACGCACGUGGUCAACGCCACCGCCAACUACCCUGACGCUUUCCCUAACACGCUGUGCUACCUGCGGCUGUGUCUGAGCGACGAUGCCCAGCAGGACCUGGUGGAGGCCCUGCCCCUGGCGUCCAGCUUCAUCAACACGGCACUGAGGGGUGAGCCGGCUGGUCGUGUCCUGGUCCACUGUAGCAUGGGCAGGAGUCGCAGCUCGGCACUAACGCUGGCCUUCCUCAUGGAGCACCGGCGCUGGUCCUUGCUUCAUGCCCUGCACUGGCUGAAGGAGAGGAGGGCCUGCACGGCACCCAACGUGAACUUCCUGCGUCAGCUGCUGACCUUUGAGGAGCAGCUGUUUGGGAGAAGACUCACCUCCCUGGACGACAUCCGCCGAUGACUGCAGAAUGGGAAUGAAAAGCUCUUUCUGCAGAGCACAUUGAAAGAAAAUGUAUUUUACUUCCCACAGUUCAUGUUGAGAGAAUGUAUAAAAUAAGCUGAGACUAAACAAACAGAUUUGGAUUUUGAACUGCAAGAAAGACUGGAUAUGAAUAUAUUUCCCCCCACAAGUGUGACUUUAACCUUGCCUCACCA